AUGACUGACCCUUUCAAUCCUAAUUUAAAUUCUGCCUCGCUCGUUACAAGAGAUGAUGAUGCCGCGAGACCACAGUCCCAGUCCACCUCCUCUGCCGCCAGUGCCGCCGAACUCGCCAGUACGAAAGCAACUCUGAAAGCUGCACUGCGUCAGUAUCCAAAUUUUCCUAUACCAGGCAUCGACUUUAUUGAUAUCCUGCCACUAUUCUCGGCUAUCGACCUUCAUGUGUCUCUAAUCCGCGCACUUGAGCUUCAGGUCCUGGAAUUUAACAAUGGAAAAGCACCCGAUGUAAUAGUGGGCCUCGAAGCACGAGGCUUUCUUUUUGGACCAAGUUUGGCAUUGCGACUCGGGUCAAGCUUUGCACCAGUGAGAAAACCGAAUAAAUUACCGGGCCCGACGGUAGAGGCUUUUUACGAGAAGGAAUACGGAAGAGAUUGCUUUCAGAUGCAGAUUGAUUCCAUUCAAAAAGGGCAAUCAGUAUUGAUUGUUGAUGAUAUUGUUGCCACUGGGGGCUCUGCGCUAGCCGCAAGGAAACUCGUCGAACAGCUGGGUGGCUGCUUUGUUGGAUUCCUUUUCAUCUUGGAGAUUGAAGAAUUGAAAGGCCGUCAAAAGCUCAACGCACCAGUCGUAACGCUCAUUGAAUUUCCGAAAAAUUAA